CACCGGAUAACCUUCCGCAGUCAUUCCGGAAGUGCUUCAUAGUUAUCUGGAAAAUGGCUGCGUCAAGAUGGCGACCGCUCUUGUGGAGGGCAGUGUUUUUCAGCUGCGUCACGGUUGCAUGCUUGUUAUUAAUUGGCAUUUCUGUCCCACGGCGAUAUUAUCAAGACGUGCUUGGAGCAGACAGCGACGGACAGGAGCGGCAGGCGUCCAGGGCCAAGCGUAUCCGAGACGUCUGCGAAAAAUACAGGCGCUCACUUCGUCCGGCACAUUACAUAGGUUUUAAAAGCAACGUCCGCAAGGGACGUCCAACCUAUUGCCCCACAAGGCUAUGCCCUAUGCUCGUCGAUACACACCGCAAGAUUCUAUUCUGCUUCAUUCCGAAAGUGGCUUCAACUACCGUCAAGUCCCUGUUCUGGGAUCUCCUAAACUUCACCUCAGGAGAAAAUCUGAGCCUCACUACAUUCCACGCGGAUUUUAAUGAACGAGUUCUCAGGGUUGGACCGACGCAUUUUUCUUCGCGGUUUUUAGAAAGCUACACCAAAGCUAUUUUUGUUCGUCAUCCGUUCGAUCGACUUGUCUCUGCAUACGAGGACAAAGCGAAUAAAUCUAGAAGCGAGGUACCAUAUUUUUAUGCUCAAUAUUGGGACUCGAUUUUGAACAAGUCGAGGGAGAACACACGGGUGACGUUUCCUCAAUUUAUAGAUUAUUUGCUGUCAACACCAACGCGCGAUUGGGAUGAGCACUGGGCGCCGUAUUAUUCGCGUUGUGAAAUGUGUCUAGUUAAGUACAAUCUUGUUGGAAAGUUAGAAACGGGUGAUGCUGAUUUCAAGUUCCUAUACAACAAGUUAGGUGUAAACUACGCUGGAGGAAACGUAAAAAGAAAAAAUGAGAGAAAGCAAGCGGGACUUGAAACGAGGUCGUAUUUUAAGUCACUGACGAGGGACAAAAUACUGGCACUAUACAAGAAGCUGUUUUAUGAUUUCCAGUUCUUUGGAUACGGAAUAAAUGAUUUUAUUACGUGA